CGACCACUGUUGUCUCAUUUUCCACUGUUCCAUGUCCCUUAUAACAUGGAGAAAAUCAUGGCAGCUUCCCCUCCUCCUCCUCUCUCUCAAUCAAUCCCAGCAUAAAAGCUCUCUCACAACACCAAACACACACUUACCUUUUGCACCAAAGAAACUCAUCAAUCAACAACUGAGCAACUAAAGCAAAGAAGAAAAGAAACCCACUUCCUCUACUAUCAUCCAGUCAUAUCCAUCAACAAAGGCGCCUGUAGUUUUUGGUUCUUAUUGCUCAUCACCUUCCAAAUUCAACCCAUAAAAAUAGCUAAGAGAAAGGGCAAGGAAAAAAAAAAGAAAAGAAAAGAGAUCAUGGAGAUUGAAUCUGUCAAGUGUGAAUGUUGUGCGUUGAAAGAGGAUUGUACCCAAGACUAUAUUAGUGAGGUGAAGGCGAAAUUCGAUGGGAAAUGGCUAUGUGGGUUGUGUUCAGAAGCUGUCAGAGAUGAAGUUAUUAGAGGUAAAAGGCAGUUUGGAAUGGAAGAAGCAGUGAGAGCUCACAUGUCAUUUUGUGGUAAAUUCAAUUCCAAUCCAGCAGUUGGAGUUGCUGAUGGGAUGAGGCAGAUGCUAAGAAGACGGUCAGGAGAUUUGUCUUCUUCUCCAUCUACUUCUAAGAAGUACACGAGAUCAGCAACCACAAAACUCUACUGAUCAUAUCCUUGCCUGGAAUAAUAUAGAUGGCUAUUGCCUUUCCUGGCUAAGUGCUAUCUUGUCUUGUAAUGUACAGGCAACGUUAUUUCAAAGGCGGUCUUCAUCUUAGUUUUGUUUUUCUUC